UUUAUACCGAGGUAAGAUUACACACCAACCCUUUGUUUUUGUGAUUGCCCCUCGGCCGCUCGCUAGCAUUAGCCGUUGUAAGUUACGUUAAAUUUACGUCGACGAAACCGGGCCGAGGGAUCUUGCUAACCGUUUUAGCGUUAAGCUAACGUGAACGUUGUGACAUACCGCUAGAUGUCGGACGAAUUGCUGAAACAGUUAAACAGCUACAAAGCCCAGCUACAGCAAGUAGAAGUUGCCUUAUCUACUGACCCAGAAAAUGAAGACCUCCUGAAACUACAAAAAGACUUACAGGAAGUCAUCGAUUUGACAAAAGACCUCCUGACCUCACAGCCCGCUGAGAGUGCUUCCAGUACCAAUGGCUCAGACACAGUCCCCCUGAAGCAUGGCUGGAAAGUGGGGGACAGGUGUAUGGCUGCGUGGAGUCAGGACGGACAGGUGUAUGAGGCUGAGAUUGAGGAGAUAGACCGAGAGAACGGCACUGCAGCCGUUACCUUCUCUGGAUACGGGAAUGCUGAAGUGAUUCCUCUGCAGAACCUCAAAGCAGUAGAGGAAGGGAAACGCUCUGAUGAUGAUAAGCCAAAAUCAAGGAAAGAGCAGAUAGCAGAGCAGAGAGAGUAUAAGAAGAAGAAAGCCCAGAAGAAGGUACAGAGGAUGAAGGAAUUAGAGCAAGAGAGGGAGGAGCAAAAGUCAAAGUGGCAGCAGUUCAACAACAAAGCCUACUCAAAGAACAAGAAAGGACAGGUAAAGAGGAGCAUAUUUGCAUCUCCAGAAAGUGUAAACGGGAAGGUGGGAGUGGGAACAUGUGGUAUUGCGGACAAGCCCAUGACCCAGUACCAUGACACGUCAAAAUACAAUGUCAGACAUCUAAUGCCACAAUGACGUGAUAUAUUCUGUAUAUAAUAAUCCGCUGUAUACUACCUGUAUCAGUGCUUUCCAUUGUGUUUAUACAUGAUUUAAGUUUCUCAAGUAAAGAAGGCUUUGAAAGGAAUUGCUUGUACACCAUUGUUUGAAAUAUUGAUGUAGUUUUCUUAUAUAUUAUGUAGGUACAACAACAAAAAUCCAAAUAGAAGUGAUUUUUCCUACAUUGGAACAAGGUCACCUGUUAUGUAAGAACAGGAAGUGGUGUUGUAGAAAAGCUGUAGAGUUUGAUGUUUGUGUCCAGGUUUCACUUAGGCCAAAUACCUGCUAAGAUAUGUAUAAAUAUACACCUGUAGAUUUGGUGUGUAAAUUUGAAGCUGGAUUCUAACACUGACCCAUUGUGGGGAAGUCUGAACGUUAAUAAUGGUGUUAAUUUGAGAUGGCUGAAUUUAUGUUUUAAUUUUUGUAUAUAUAUAUAACAGUGAAAUAAACAUUGUUUUGUUUUCAGUUUUUUAAAUAAUUGCUUCCACCUCAUUUUGACUAUUUUUACAAUACAUUUUCAUUGUUGCUCUGUCAGGUCCUGUAGGUGGCAGUCAAGACUUGUACCAUUAAUAAGUCCAUUUCGUGAGCAGCAUGCUGCAACUGUUAAUAAAACCUGUUUUUUCAUUAAA